CAUUUCCAAACAAAAACACGUGUUCACGAUGGAGUUGAAAGGAGUGGAAAAACUCCUGAAAGACCUCGAUAAAAUCAUGAAUAGCAAGAAUAAUUUCAUCAAGGGAAAACAGCAAGAUUAUGCAAAAUUGUUGGCGACUGUGAAGUGCUUGACAGAUUUGGCGAUUGACCAGGAAGAAGGGAAUCUUCUCUCGCUUGUGGUAGAUAAUCUUGACCAGGAGCAGAUCUUUCAGCAAAUAGACAUCAAUAAUGAAGCGGUGAUACCUCAAUUUGUGGACAAAUGUGGAAGAAUUCUGAGGAAAACUUUGGAAAGUGUUGAGGAAGAACAGGCAGUCGAAGAAGAGCAGUUGGAAGAAGAAGAAGAAGAUCAGGAGAGCGAGGGAGAGGAAGUAGAGCAAGAGAAUCCUGUGGAGGAAGAAUCAGAAGAGGAAAAAAAUGACGUCGGUAGUGAAGAAGGGGAAGAAGAGGAAUCAGAGGGCGAGCCAGAAGCCGAAGGGGAAGAAAACCCAAAAUCUACUUUCGAGGAGGUAUCCAAAAAGCUAAAGGACAAGAUCUCUGAGCUCGAGGAUGAAGCUCUGCAGGGAAGGUCAUGGCAAAUGAAGGGUGAAAUCACAGGAUCGAAGCGAGACAAGAACAAUCUCCUUGAAGAAGUGCUGGAAUUCGACCUGGGCGCUCGACCACAACCUCAAAUCACCGAGAAGACCUCCAAGAGCCUCGAGGAUAUUAUCGUCCAGAGGAUCCAGUCCAAGUGCUACGACAAUGUCGUCCGGAAAGUGCGCGAAAACAACGAAACGCGCUUCACUAAGGAACUCGUACUGGAUCACAACAAGAGUUCCGUUCCUCUGAGCGAAUUGUACGAGAAAUCGUACCUGAAGCAGACCGGGAGUGGCCAGGAAGCCGAAGAGGAGAAGCAAGCGCCCGAGAAGAAGGAGAUCACGAAGAUGCUGAACUCUCUGUUUGGCAAACUCGACGCGCUCUCGAACUUUUAUCACACUCUCAAUCGCGAUGGUGGGGAACUGAAGAUUAUCUCCAGCGAUCCCGUAACUGCAGAGGAUUGUGUGGUGCCUGAAUCCGCCAACGAUGCCCAGCUGAUGGCGCCACCUGAGGAGACAACGGACGCCAAGAAGCGGAAACGCAAGAUCUUCAAGAAGCCCGACAAUCCGGGUGGGAAAUUCAAGCGGCUGAAGGAAGACAAGGUGAAGAGGAGGAAGAUCACAGAUCUGGUGCCUCUGGAGGAUGCCCUGAAGGCGGCGAAGAGGAAGAAAGGCAAGUAGAGAAUUGUGUUUUUUUUACAUUUACAAUAAAUAACAAAGAAAA